UUUGAACAAUUUUGAAUUUCGUCGCCAUUGACAACCGCCAGCCAAAGUCAAACACAAACAUGUCUACAGAAGAAGAUCCAGAACUUCGAGAUCUUAUUGCAAAAACUCUCGAAAAUAAUGGUGUUCUUGGAAAAUUAAGAGCUCAGUUACGGGCAAGCACAUUUCUGGCAUUAGAUCAACAAGAAGAUCCUAAGGUCACUUUUCCAAACAGCAAUGUGGCUGUCCAGCAAUUUGCCUCAUCAAAGAAUGGAGCUGUCACAAUGUCCCUUGUACGAGAUUUCCUUACGUCAUUCAACAUGCAGUUUACACUAGCAGUGUUUGAUCCUGAAACAUGUGAAGGUGUUUCUUAUAAAAACAUGUCUCGGUCCAAUUUGGCCUCAGAGCUAGGAUUGGAAAAUGUGAAUCCUGAUUUUCCUCUUUUACAUGCAUUGGUUGCAAAUUCUAUAAAAGAACAAAAUCCUAAUGCUGUUUCUGGAACAAACACUGAGAAAAAACUAACCUCAACAUCAAUAGAACUUAUUGAAGCAAAACUUGGAAAUCUCAAAGUACAGAAAAAUGAUGAUUAUGAUGAAGAUUUCCAGUCAUCUUCUGAAUCUUCAGUAUCAACACCCAAAAAUGAGAACAAAGAGGCUAGUGUGGAGGAAGACUUGGAUGUAUCUGCUUCAGACCUUUUAGCAAGUCAGAGUUCAAAUGCAGCAGAUACUGUGGAUAAGUCAACAUCAAAUUCUUCCUUGGGAAUUGCUGACCAUGUAGAAAAGCUUUGAUUUUCAAUCAGGGGUUGGUGUCAAAAACUUUAAAUUAUCCUAUAUUUUGAUUUUGCAAUAUAAUUGUAUUAUCUUUUUUAAAAAAGAUUUGUUUCUAUGAGCUGACAAUGUUAAACAAACAAAAAUUUUGAAAAUCGUAAUCUAACAAACACAAAUUAUCCUUUCCUGAAUAACAAUGAGGUAACGUUUUAGGCAGGAAACAAGGGCGCUAGAAUUAUAGAAGAAUGACAGUUGCUCCUCUGUGUAACCAAACAAACUGUGAACAUACGACAGGCACACGUGCCGGAUGAACUAGUUACGUACUGCACGCUGUUUCAAUCUUGGUUUCAAUCUUGGUGUUUCUGCCGUUAAAAUUGUCGCAACACAACAACUAGCCAUCAAAACUGUUAACAC